AUGCAGUCUGCAGAGGCUGUACAAAUCGACCUGGGGAAAGCCCAGGUCGUGGAUCGCGUGCCAAAGGUCAUCAAGGAGAUAAAAUUCGGCGUCCUCUCGACCCAAGAUAUCGUGAGUCAAGCCGUCGUUGAGGUUUCUGAUAGGAAGCUCUUCGAUCUCGACAAUGAUCGCGCUGUCGCCCCCCACGGCCCGCUCGACGGGCGCAUGGGAAUAUCGAGUAAAUCGGGCACUUGCGACACCUGCGGCGGAGCACUACAGGUCUGCAGCGGACAUUUCGGGCAUGUAAAGCUGGUUCUUCCGGCUUUCCAUGUGGGUUAUUUUAAACGGGUUAUUAGCAUUCUGCAGGAGAUUUGCAAGGAAUGCUCACACAUCCUCCUUCCCGAAACCGAGCGCAGAGCGUUUCUUAGAGAGUUAAGACGACCUGGUAUAGAUAACCUCAGGCGCAUGCAGAUUGCGAAGAAGAUCAACGAGCGAUGUCGAAAAACGCGGACCUGCUACAAAUGCAACGCAGUCAACGGUGUGGUGAAGAAAGCCGGAACAAGCGCACUGAAAAUCACUCAUGAGAAAUUCCGCGCCUUCAACGCGUCCGCGUCCGUGAAGAAGAUUCCCCCGCCCAGCAAAGUCGUCUUCGACAAGUCAUUCGAAGAAGCCAAGAAAAGCAAUCCGGAUAUCGACAAACAUUUCAAAAAGGCCCACGACGAUCUACAUCCACUGCGCGUGCUGAGACUGUUUCGGUCCGUUUCUAACGAAGACUGCGAGCUCCUUAGCCUGAAUCCCGAGGAGGCUCGGCCAGAAGUGUUUCUCUGGCAAUACGUUCCGGCUCCGCCUGUGUGCAUUCGACCAUCGGUUGGACAGGAGGCGGCUAGUACCGAGGAUGACUUGACAGCAAAACUGGGAGAUAUCAUCCAGAGCAAUAUCAAUCUCAAAAAUGCACUCAUCAAGGGUGCGCCGGUACAGACCAUUAUCGAAUGCUGGGACUAUAUGCAGCUGCAGCUCGCAGUGUAUAUCAACAGUGAUGUGCCGGGUUUACAGAAGGCUGAUUUUGGAAAGCCGAUUCGGGGCUUCUGCCAACGACUCAAGGGGAAACAGGGGCGAUUCCGUGGAAAUCUUUCAGGCAAACGAGUGGAUUUCUCUGGUAGAACCGUCAUUUCUCCAGACCCGAAUCUGCGUGUCAACGAGGUCGCUGUUCCUCAGCUUGUUGCCAUGAACAUGACUUAUCCCGAGCAGGUGACAAGAUAUAAUAAAGAAAAACUCCGCCAACGUAUUCGAAAUGGCACAAAGACUUGGCCGGGAGCAAAUUACGUCUUAAAGAAAAGUCAGAAUUUUAAAAUGAACUUGAAAUUCGGUAACCCCAACCUGGUUGCGAACGAGUUGGAGGAAGGGGAUAUUGUUGAGCGGCAUAUUGAAGAUGGAGACAUCGUUCUGUUCAACCGACAACCAUCCCUCCACAAACUCAGUAUUCUUUCCCAUUUUGCCAAGGUUAGGCCUCACCGAACAUUCCGUCUGAAUGAGUGUGUAUGUAACCCAUACAAUGCCGAUUUUGAUGGCGAUGAGAUGAAUCUACAUGUCCCUCAAACGGAAGAAGCGAGGGCCGAAGCGAUGGAAUUGAUGGGAGUUAAAAAUAAUCUGGCUACACCAAAAAACGGCGAACCCAUCAUUUCCGCUAUUCAGGAUUUCAUCACUGCUGCUUACUUGCUGAGUAGUAAAGAUAUUUUCUAUGAUCGCAAAACUUUCACACACAUCUGCCUCUACAUGCUUGAAUCCGACACCCGUUUUGACCUUCCGCCGCCCUCAGUGCUAAAGCCCCAAAUAUUGUGGACAGGGAAACAAGUCUUCAACGUGUUGAUGCGACCCAAUAAGCAAUCUCCGGUUUUAAUUAAUUUAGAUGCAGCAUGUCGAGAAUUCAAAGCGCCGAAAGGAACUCCUCGUGACUUGGAUGCUAACGAUGGAUGGCUUUGCAUUCGUAACUCCGAAAUCAUGUGUGGUGUCAUGGAUAAGUCUACCAUCGGAUCCGGCAAAAAAGAUUCGGUAUUUUAUGUUAUGCUUCGAGAUUUCGGCCCCGAUGUCGCAUCUGAGGGCAUGAACCGGCUCUCAAGGCUGUCCGCUAGAUGGCUCACCAACCUAGGUUUCUCGAUCGGUAUAACAGACGUAUACCCUGGUGAAAAACUUUUAGAGGAGAAACACCAUAUAGUAGAACAUGCUUAUGCGCAGUGUGAUGAAGUUAUUCAACUAUUUAAAAACGGGAAGCUUGAGAAGGCUCCAGGCUGCGACGAGCAGAUGACAAUGGAGAACGCGAUAUCCGGUUUACUCAGUAAAGUUCGACAGCAAGCCGGAGAGAUCUGUAUCGCGGAACUGAGUAGAUGGAACUCUCCCCUGAUCAUGGCCACUUCAGGGUCCAAGGGUUCGGAUAUUAACGUCGCUCAGAUGGUUGCCCUUGUCGGCCAACAAAUUAUAGGGAAUCAACGGGUUCAGGACGGCUUUCAAGAUCGAACGUUACCACAUUUCCCCAAGCAUGCUCGCCAACCUCCCGCGAAAGGUUUCGUGCGGAACAGUUUCUUUUCGGGAUUGACACCAACGGAAUUUCUUUUCCACGCCAUUUCUGGAAGAGAAGGUCUCGUCGAUACAGCAGUUAAGACUGCGGAGACUGGUUACAUGUCCCGUAGGUUGAUGAAAUCUCUUGAAGACCUAUCAACGCGAUACGAUGAUACCGUAAGGAAUUCGUCUUCAAAUAUUGUGCAGUUCCAAUAUGGUGACGAUAAAUUGGACCCUGUCGAUAUGGAGGGCCGAGCUAAACCAGUCCACUUUGAUCGCACGUUUACCCAUGCUGAGGUGACAACCUUUGAUAACUCCGACAAAGGCCUUCUUCCGGAUGAGAUAAUAACUUUGUGUCAAAACUUACUCGCUCCUGAGCGGGCCAAGCUUGCAAGAUUUGACCUGUUAGGCAAGAAGUUAGAGUAUAAUGACAGAAGUGAUCACGGCAUAGAUCAGCUGGAAAGCGCCAGAGAUUUUCUCCAGUCCAUUGAGGAUUAUGUAUGUGCGAAAGCUGAAAAACUGAGGUCCAUUGAUAGCGGCACUAAACAGCGGGGAAAGGGCGUAAUUCAUACCGCAAAAGUGUCAACCAGAGCUCUCACUUCAUUCAUCACCGCCUGCUUAACCAAGUAUAAGAGAGCCCAAGUUGAGCCAGGUCAUGCAGUGGGUGCAGUCGGUGCACAGUCCAUUGGAGAACCGGGGACGCAGAUGACAUUGAAAACUUUCCAUUUCGCUGGUGUUGCUGGUAUGAGCAUAACUCAAGGUGUACCGCGUAUCAAGGAGAUUAUCAAUGCUUCCAAGGAAAUCAGUACACCAGUUAUCACCUGUGAGCUUGUCAAUAAGCAGGACCUUCGCGCAGCGCAGAUUGUAAAGGGCCGAGUGGAAAAGACCUUUGUCCGAGAUAUCAUAUAUUAUAUCGAGGAAGAUUGGACCGGCAAUGAAGCGUACAUCAAUAUUAAAAUCGACUUUUCCACCAUUCAAAACCUACAACUCGAACUAACCCUCCAAGAUAUCCUUAUGGCCAUUAAAAAACACAAACGAUUCAAAUCCGCAGAUCUAAAAUUUCGUUCCUUCGGCUCACACAUUCACAUUUUCGUCGAUCAACAAACCACCCGAACCGCUCUCUCCAAAACUGAAGAAGCUGCUACCGGUGCUGACCCGUAUAUCCGCCUUAAACAUCUCAAACGGCUCAUUCCCAACAUCCAGGUUAUCGGCCAUCCCCAAUGUGCGCGAGCCAUCAUACGAACAGACGAAACAAACACCACCAACACCCUGCUUGUGGAAGGUUAUGGUCUGCGCGACUGCAUGACCACCGACGGUAUCAACGGUCGCCACACACGCACAAACAACAUCAUGGAAACACGUGCCGUGCUCGGCAUCGAAGCCGCGAGAACGACCAUCGUCGACGAGAUUGGCGAGGUUAUGAAAGACAUGGCCAUUGACCCAAGACACAUGCAGUUGCUUGCAGACGUCAUGACGUACAAGGGUGAGGUGUUGGGGAUUACACGGUUUGGCCUCGCCAAGAUGCGCGAUUCCGUCCUACAACUGGCUAGUUUUGAGAAGACAGCGGAUCAUCUGUUCGAUGCGGGCGGGGCCGGGAGGACUGAUCUUAUCGAGGGAGUGUCGGAGUGUAUUAUUGUGGGGAAGAGUGUGUCCCUGGGCACAGGGGCGAUGGAAGUAGUACGCGCCCUCAACUUUUAUGAGGGCCAGAUUGGACGGAGGAAGACGGCUUUUGAAGAUGCGUGGGAGGAGAUCUGUGAGGCCCGGGGCCGUAGUACCGGGGCAGUGGGCAAAGGGGUAGUCCCGAGGGUUAUGAAGAAACGAAGGAAGGAAGCCGUAUGA